CGGCGGCGCGGCUCCCGGUGCGGCCCCCGGCGCCCGCCCCGCGGCGGUGAGCGCCCGGCCCCGGAGGCGCCCGAGCCAUGGGCUGCAUCGGCUCCCGGACCGUGGGGAAUGAGGUGAUUGCAGUGGACUGGAAGGGCCUGAAGGAUGUCGACCAGAUCCACAUGGACAGCACCAGCUCACUGCACGGGAGCAGCCUCCACCGGCCCUCCACCGAGCAAACCCGAACUGAUUUCUCCUGGGAUGGCAUCAAUCUCUCCAUGGAGGACACCACUUCUAUUCUUCCGAAGCUUAAGAGAAACUCUAACGCCUAUGGCAUCGGGGCCCUGGCCAAGUCAUCCUUCUCAGGGAUUUCUCGCAGCAUGAAGGACCAUGUGACGAAGCCCACAGCCAUGGGGCAAGGCCGGGUGGCCCACAUGAUUGAGUGGCAGGGCUGGGGGAAGGCACCAGCCAUUCAGCCGCAACACAGCCAUGAGGCGGUGCGCAGAGAUACAGACGCCUACUCCGACCUCAGCGAUGGUGAGAAGGAGGCACGUUUCCUAGCAGGUGUCAUGGAACAGUUUGCCAUCUCCGAGGCCACACUCAUGGCCUGGUCUUCUAUGGAUGGUGAGGACAUGAGUGUCAACUCGGCCCAGGAGCCCCUGGGCUGCAACUACAGUGACAACUACCAGGAGCUGAUGGAGAGUCAAGAUGCCCUUGCUCAAGCGCCCAUGGACGGAUGGCCUCACUCCUACGUGUCCCAGGGCAUGUACUGUCUGGGGUCAUCGGAUGCCUGGGAAGCCAGCGACCAGUCCCUCAUUGCCUCUCCGGCUACAGGAUCCUAUCUUGGUCCUGCAUUUGAUGACUCACAGCCUAGCUUGCACGAAAUGGGGCCUUCCCAACUUGCUUCCGGAUACUCUGCACAGGAGCCUCCACCUUUGCUGGGGUCAGACACUGACUGGGCUCCGGGGGUGGUUGGAGUGGACCUGGCAAGGGGCCCUGCUGAGGAGGAGAAGAGGCCGUUGGCCCCUGAGGAGGAAGAGGACGCAGGAUGCCGGGACCUGGAGUCCCUUUCCCCACGAGAAGACCCUGAGAUGUCGACUGUUCUCAGCCGGAAGGUGUCUGAUGUCACAUCCUCAGGUGUGCAAUCCUUUGAUGAGGAGGAGGGUGAGGCUAACAACUAGCUUCCUCCCACUCGGCACCCGGCCUUCCACUCCCACCUGAGGGGCAUGGCUGCAACAAUACCCUCCCUCCCCCCAGCAGUACAGCUGAGACCCGGGCAGAAGACCGCGAGGGACCCAGGAGCUGCCAGUCCUCACCAGGAGAACGGGAGCCUGUGGGAUUUUAUCCAGGCUUGUGCUGCAGGAAGCACGGGGCCGGGAACCAAGGCCCAGGCCAACAGAUGGCUGUGCACAGGCUUAGCCGCAGGCUUCUGGGCCUGUGCUGGUGAAGCUCGGGCGGCUUGUGGCCGUCGACCUGGACCCCAGCUCUUCACUCUGACUCGUCUCCGGGAGCCUCGGCCGUGGCUGUGGGAAGGCCGCCUUUCUCCGCGUUUCUCCUGCUUUUCCCGACUCCGUGUUUUCUCUGGCCGUGGCCCCAGCUCAUCCCGGCUCUGAGGAACAGACCUCGGGGGCUGUUGGUACGGCUCGACGGGCACAGGGGGAGCCACCUCACGUCGCGUGUCCUUAGAGGGCAGAGAGUCUGCCCUCAGCGAAAAAUUGGCUUCUGACAUCAGGAGUCAUGGGGGAGGUGGACGUUGCAGCUGGGACGCCCAAGGACACAGCCGCGAUUCUUUCUGUCAAGGCCUGCCCCGAGACCAGAAGGUCACCUGAGGACAACCAGAAGGUCACCGAGGACAACCAGAAUGGCCGCUGUUCCAGGAUCACACUUCCCGUAGCUGGAGGCGGGAUCCGAGGGUCCGGGGAAGGCCCAGCCGGGGCUGGCUGCUCCAGCUCUUGCUCCCCUUUUCUGCCUUCUUCUGUCUCCUGCCCUGAGGGGGUGACACAGGAUGCAGGUGUCCUGGCCAAAAGGGGAAGCAUGAGGGCUGUGUCUCCCUCCAUCCACCCUUUAAUUCUCUGGAGCUGUUUACACUU